AUGAAGGACAGGAGCCCUAGCUCGUCAAGAGUAGUGGGCAUGAACAUGCAGAGGAGAACGAUAGAAGACCCUGUAAAGCGAGACCGGUUGAGAAGGAGAGGCUCGGUCGACGCUUCGUUGGAUAACGAGGAAACCUUAUACUUCGUCAACGCCACGAUAGGAACGCCAGCACAGUCACUUAGGUUGCAUCUGGAUACUGGAAGCAGUGAUCUUUGGGUUAAUACUCCUGCCUCAUCCCUCUGCAUGGGGAAAUCGAAACCAUGUUCUUAUGCAGGAACAUACUCGGCCAAUUCUUCCUCGACAUACGAAUAUAUCGGAAGCUAUUUCAACAUAUCUUAUGUGGACGGGUCUGGAGCCAGUGGAGACUAUGUCUCCGACUCGGUAACGAUAGGGGGGACAACAGUGGACAAUUUACAAUUCGGUAUCGGUUAUAAGAGCUCUUCGGCGCAGGGAAUCCUGGGCGUCGGUUAUCCGGUCAACGAAGUGCAGGUCGGACGGGCAAACAAGGACGCUUACGACAAUCUUCCCGCCAAGAUGGCGAGUGAUGGUACGAUCGCCUCCAACGCCUACAGCUUAUGGUUGAACGACCUCGACGCUAGCACUGGCAGCAUUCUGUUCGGCGGGGUGGACACAGCGCAGUAUACCGGGUCACUAGAGACGUUGCCAAUACAGGCGUCUGGUGGCGUCUACUCGGAGUUUCUGAUCACUUUGACCAGCGUAGUUCUGGAUAAUGUUACCAUUGCCAGCGACCAAGCGCUGGCAGUUCUUUUGGAUUCUGGCUCGUCGUUGACCUACCUGCCCGAUACUUGGGUCGAGCAGAUUUUCGACGAAGUUGGCGCACAGUACGAUUCGAGUGAGGGUGCAGCCUAUGUUCCUUGCUCAUUGGCCCAGGAUACGAGGACGCUGGAUUUCACUUUCACAUCACCAACAAUCAAGGUUGACAUGAACGAGCUUGUCCUUGACCUGGUCACUACCAGUGGCAAGCGUCCAACUUUUUCCAACGGCGUCACAGCAUGCCUCUUUGGCAUUGCCCCAGCAGGUUCGAGCACAAACGUAUUGGGCGACACAUUCCUACGGUCGGCAUACGUCGUGUACGACAUCUCUAAUAAUGAGAUCUCCCUUGCGCAGACGGCUUUCAACGCUACCGAAACAAACGUCAAGGAAAUUGGUACUGGCACUGGUGCGGUGCCCGAUGCGGUUUCUGUAGCCAAUGCUGCGGCCGCAACCGCCGGGGUUGCUACCACCAGCACCACAAGUGGCCUGGGUGUUAGCGGCUCAAGCGCCGCCAACCCUACCAUGACUAGAUCGACAGUCCUACUGUCUCUACUUAUUGGAGUAGGUGCUUUGUUCGCACUGCUAUGA